AUGCCCCCUCUGCGCACAGCAAGCUUGGCCACCUAUGCAUGCGGGCGCGAAGCCGAUGACCCGCUUAGUGACCGUAUAGUGCUCUUCUCGUCGCCCCCUCAUCUUCAUUCUCUUCGACUCUCGCUACACUCCGACUUCCCGCUAAAGCGUUUCCAGCUGUCAUUUUCUCAGAUCAGAAAUCUUGAACUGGAAUACAUAGAGAAUCUUCCCACUUUGCUAUACACCCUGCGUCAAUCUCCGAUGCUUCACUCAUGCAAAAUGAGUUUUGGGGACGAAAUCAUGAACUACGAGAUUGCUGGGGCGAAAGUGCGCCUGCCUGUGCUCGAAAAGCUGGAUAUAGACUUCUGUGGCUUCGAACUGGACGACCUGCUCCUUUGCUUCGUCACGCCCGCACUGCGAGCCCUGCGCCUCAAGAUUGACGGUGGCUGUAAUUCCCGCUUCCUGCAUCAGAUGCUCAUGGAGUCGGCCUGUCACGAUGGACAAGAUCAAGAUGUCGCAAGUCUGGACUUGGGAGAUCGGGAACGACGGAGGAAUCCAGCGGAAUUAUUCCUGCUCUGCGCAUGA